ACCCCUUUCUAAGUCACCUGAUUCAUAGGCUACACUGCCAUUUUACACAUGAAGUUUGAGUGAAAAAAAAGAAUAAUCGACUACCUAACAAAAAACCAUUUGUAAAAAGAUUAAAUGCAAUCAGAAUAAACCAUAUGGAGCACGUCAAUUAAAGGAUAUGGAAAAACGAGGAGGAGUCACUGCUACAAGACCUCGACACGAACAGAGGGGGGCUUGAGAGAAAAUACAUUAAUAUGCUAUUUUGUAACGUCUUCAAAAUUAGUCUAGCCCCAAUCAUAACCAGAGAGAACGUCGCGUGAUCACCAACCGAGGAUUGGUAGGCUAACUAAUCAAUGAUUGUUGCUCUCCUGAUGCUCAAUUGUAUUCAUGCAGGCUACUGUUGCGGCUGUACACUCUAACCGGCAUCACCAUUGGAAAGCUAUUACGCGGAUAUAUUGUAGCAUCGCGACCUCCGAACGAAUCAUUCUGAGCUGAUAUUGGUGUGGGUCGUUCAGGUUAGGUUUUUGUAUUUUAUAUUUGUGAGGACAUCGGAUUGCCAUUUCGUUUACUGAAUGUAGCCGUCAAUUCUAUUUGGCCGCCGUAUGAAUUCUCCCAUCGGAUUCGCGUCAGUGUACGUUUUUGUUUUCAGACGGGCAGUUUGUUUAGAGGGCACCCUCACUAUCAUAACUAAAGACAAUUUGAUUUCUGAUUCCCCAAUUACUGCUUUUGGAAUAUGUCUGGACAGUCUAUCACGGAUCGGAUCGCUGCGGCUCAGCACAGCAUGACAGGAUCCGCUAUAAGCAAAGCCGUCUGCAAGGCCACGACGCAUGAAGUCAGCGGACCCAAGAAGAAACACCUUGACUACCUGAUCCACUGCACCAACGAGCUGAACGUGAGUGUCCCCCACCUGGCUGACACGUUGUUUGAGAGGACGGCCAACAACAGCUGGGUUGUGGUGUUCAAGGCCCUCGUCACCACGCACCACCUCAUGAUGUACGGCAACGAGCGAUUAAUCCAGUAUCUGGCGUCCAGAAACACACUUUUUAACCUGAACAACUUCUUGGAUAAGGGAGCAUUACAAGGUUAUGACAUGUCAACGUUCAUCAGACGCUACAGCAGGUACCUGAAUGAGAAGGCCAUGUCCUACAGACUGGUGGCUGUGGACUUCACCAAGAUGAAGAGAGGGGUCGACGGUGUGAUGCGCACCAUGACUGUUGAGAAGCUGAUCAAGACUCUGCCUAUCAUUCAGAAUCAGCUGGAUGCACUGCUGGACUUUCAGGCUAACUCUAACGAACUGACCAAUGGCGUCAUCAACAGCGCCUUCAUGCUGCUCUUCAAAGACUCCAUCCGCCUCUUUGCCGCGUACAACGAAGGAGUCAUCAACAUGCUGGAGAAAUAUUUUGAUAUGAAGAAGAACCAAUGCAAAGACGCCCUGGAGAUUUAUAAGACGUUUCUGAACAGAAUGACCAAGCUGUCAGAGUUUCUCAAAGUUGCAGAGCAAGUUGGAAUUGAUCAGGGUGACAUCCCAGAUCUCACACAGGUCAGUGGUGCAUUUCAUCUCAAUAUCUCCCAUGUAGGUCCAUUCUGAACGCUCCCAUUCCCUACUCACCCUACAGGCUUCCAACCGCCCCCUCCUUUUCUACCUGAUUUUUACCUCCCUCUCUCUGAGCUCUAGGGUAGAGAGGGCCUACUUCCAAAAAUGGGUUCCUAAUAUGUGAACCUUGGAUUCUGCUGCGCCAUAUUUCGUUUCCUAAUUCUGGAGAUUGUGCAAAACAUAGUCUUCCCUGGUCUUAGGUCUUUCGGCAGAUUUUAGGUAGACCGAUCCUUUACGUCUUUACUUAGACUUGUGAGUCUUUUGUAUAGUUGAAUCACGGUUUUUCGAAAGUUAACCCACAAAAUAAGAAAUGUUCUGUUGCUUUGAUUUUGAAAUGGCGCUGAAAAGUCCGGCACCUCUUCAGCCUCUGUCCUACCAAACACGGGCGUAUGGGGCUUGUGUGAGGCCCAUAUAAGCCUUUUGUACAUCAAGGGAUGACAUCUCUUGAUAGAAUAGCUUAGAGGAAUCAAGCUCUUGAUUUCUCUCACAGUUUAACUUUGCGUUGCCUCAAAAUGAACACGAUUGUAUAUCUUUUUCCGGGAAACACAUCCCAUCGAAAUAGCUGUGGGGAGAGCAGCGAAUGGUUUCUACCAAAUAGGUUUCUGCAAAUAUUACUUGAAUGUUAUACAUAAUGCAAUCCUAAGCACUUGCGUAACAUCUGAUGUGACACUACAAACACUGGUUGAAGCUUUCUUCAAUGACACUAAUGGUGUUUCCCUCCACGUGGGGCAAAAUGAACAUGAGCAAAUGCUUCUGUCAAUUAUGUCAUGUUUGCGGUGCUUAUGAAGACCUUAUGUAUCCCUGUUCAACUAAAUAGUAACCCAUGUCUUUACUGAGCUGUAGAUUUUUUUGUUCUGUUAUUUGAAACUUUUAGUAUAUUCUAGAUUUCUCAGAAGAAGGAUACCCAGAAUUCUCAUUAUUCUCUCUUAUUCCCCCAAAAUAAGUAUAUGAAAAUUCUUAUUUUUUGCAAGUUACUGCAUGUGUUAAGAUUGCAUUCUGUAAUGAAAAGCAAAUGUUGCGCUGAAACAUGGGUAUCACAUGUGGGGAAAUGAAUUCACUGAUCCUUGGUUUAUUUAACCAUCAUUUUGUAUGUCUUUAUAAAAUACACCGUUCAUUUCCCAAGCGUGUGUACCUCAUUUUCAUCAGACGCUUUGCCUUUCUGUGAGUUAACUCGUUCGGCUUCCAAACCUUUUCGAACUAGUCACUAAAGCUAAUGACAUAAUUUGACUGUCUGCUAAUAGAAUUUCUCCUCUAACCUGUAAAAUACAUUUAUGAAAUUUGAUAUUCAUGAAUGAAUGGUUCCCCAAAUGAUUAUAGGAAACGGAAUCCAUUGGUUAACUCACAAUUUAUGGACUGGGAUGUGUGUGUGUGUGAGAGCAUUUAUACACACCUGUGAAUGGGCUUCUAAGCUCCUUUCCGUAUGCCAACAGACGAUGUGAUGUGUUCUGAACCCCACAGGAGCCGACACACUGUACAAACGACCUCCCAGGCCUGUGUACUUGCUUGCAUGAGAGAGGACUGAUCUGUGCAUGUCUGGCUUGGAGCCAAACCUAAUUAUACCAGAUGUAUUGUCCUACGUAAAAUACCUGCAAAUAUGGAGACUAGACUGAACAUGAAUACGCUUAGGACAAUGUGCCACUUGGCCGCUGUGUUUGUGUGUGUGCGCGGGCGCGUGUGUCUGUGCGCGGGCGUGUGUGUCUGUGUGCCUGUA